AUGCUGAGUCAGCCCCUCGCGGCCGGUCUCCAAGGACGACAAACAGAGCGUGACAACCGUUCUCUCUCAACCGCCAUUAGCGCGUGUGGGAACACGAAGCGGUGGACCGCGGCGCUGAAUUUGCUUCGAGGUACUUGGCAGCAGCGCUUGCAAGUCGGGACCAUCUUGUACAACGUGACCAUAUCCGCAUGCGGCAAGAGCAGGCAGUGGCGGCACGCGCUCUGGCUGCUCAGCAGCAUGAUGGUUCUGAUCCUGGAGCCAGACACCAUCAGCUACACUGCAGGGGUCAGCGCUUGCGAGAGAGGCGGGCAAUGGGAACGGUCGCUGUCGUUGCUCCGCGAAUUUCGUGGGGCCAGGCUCGAGGCAAAUCGAAUUUCGUACAACGCUGGUAUCAGCUCGUGUGAGAAAGGUGGACAGUGGCGUCAUGCUCUUUCACUGUUGUAUGAAUUAUCGAGAGAUUGGCUGGAGCCAGACUCAGCUACAGCGCCGGGAUCAGCGCGUGCCAGAAAGGCUCGCAGUGGCAGCAGGCCCUGUCUCUGCUAA